GAAUAUCGUCUUUAUAUUGAUUACUCUUUUAGAAAGCAGUAAAACUUUAAAACAUCUCCUUCGGUCUCAGUUCUGUGGCCUCCGAGGUCUGAGAUGGAGGAAAGUGGUUAGUGUAAACGCCAGCGCUCUGCGCCUCGUUUAUAAUUUAUGGAGAUGGAUGAGGCGAAAGUGAAACCAGAGCCAGCAUCACAAAGAAGAAGCGACAGUAAUAUCAGUAAAAUAUGAAAAAUAAAACGGCUUCUUUUCAUUAAACAUCCAGUAUUCAUGUUUCAGCCUAAACCACCUCGGCUCCACAUGGACUGCGGCAUCUCUCCUGGUUUCCAUCAUCAUCCAGCCCUCGGUGUUUCUGCGUAACCCGACCUGUGUGUCGCACCGAUCUCUGCCCGGUGUCUCCGGUUCCAGCUGCGCCAUGAGGGCCAAAGCCUCGGACAUGCACAGUAAGGACUGUGUCAAAGUGGCUGUCAGAGUGCGGCCGUUCAACAAGAGAGAGAGGGAUGCAGGUAGUCGUUGCAUCAUCUCUCUGGUGUCGACCUCCAUUAGUAUCCAGGAUCCACGCGACUGCCACAACCGGCGGUCCUUCUGCUUCGAUUAUGCGUACUGGUCCCACAGCGGCUUCACGAGAGACCAGACUGGUCUCUUUGUUCCUGAAGAGCCGGGGGGCCGAUACGCUGACCAGCACAGCGUGUUCCAGGACCUCGGAGUGGGAAUACUGGAGAACGCGCUGCAGGGUUACAACGCCACGCUGCUGGCAUACGGACAGACCGGGUCAGGGAAGAGUUACUCGAUGGUGGGCUACGGACCCAAUAAAGGCCUGGUUCCUAAACUGUGUGACCGGCUGUUUGAGGCGAUCAGAGAAAACCAAGAAAACAGACAAUGUCAGGUCUUUUUCAGUAUGUUGGAAAUCUAUAAUGAGCAGGUGGUUGACCUUUUGUCUCGGGGGUCACGGACUGCAGGUGGACUUAGAGUGAGAGAGGAGCUGCAGAGAGGCUUUUAUGUUGAGGGUCUUCGUAAAAUCCCCUGUGAGAACGCUCUGCAGGUGGAGCAGCUGAUGGAGCAGGGGACCAGGACUCGAACCACCGCUGCCACUCAAAUGAACGCCAACAGCAGCCGCUCACACAUGCUCAUCAUCCUGCAGCUCAAACAGAUCUUCUCAAAGGAGAGCAUCACCAAGCAGUCCAACAUCAACCUGGUGGACCUGGCUGGCAGUGAGCGCCAGAGGUCCUCCGGGUCUGAAGCCGACAGACUCAAAGAGGGAACGGCCAUAAACCUGAGCCUCACCACGCUGGGAAAUGUCAUCAGGUUGCUCCGUUUUGUUUGGUUUGCCUUGUUCUUGCAUGUUGCUGGAUCCAUCAGUUUUCUCCAUAUCCGUUCUUGUUCUCCCUCCAGCGCCCUGGCAGAUGUUGCAGUGGGGAAGAAGGUGGUUCAUAUUCCCUACAGAGACUCGGUUCUCACCAAGCUGCUGCAGUCGGCGCUGGGCGGAAACAGUCGCACAGUCAUGAUUGCCACUCUGAGUCCUGCAGAUAUCUGCUAUGAGGAGUCUCUCUCCACCCUGCGCUACGCUGAAAGGGCAAAACGAAUCCAAAACAGGGCAGUGGUGAACGAGAGCCCCACUGAACGCCUUGUUAAAGAGUUGAAGGCUGAAAACGCCAGACUGCUGCAGAAACUGAGCCGGAUGGACCAGGAGGGGCGCAGAGCCACGGAUGAGUCCAAGGAACUUCGUCAGCUGUUGACCCAGAAUGAGCUCCAGAUCAGAGCCAUUCAGACUCUGUGGGAACAACACCUGCAGGAGGCGCUCAAAGACUGGGAGCAGCAGUACGCCAACAUCACACAGGAGAGGAGGAUGAUGCAGAUGUAUCCUUACAUCCUGAACAUCAACGAGGAUGCUCAGCUGUCAGGCGUGGUGAAGCUUUUCAUUCAGGAGGGUGAGUGGGGCAUCGGACUCUGUGACUCCGCCCCUAGAUCCAUUUCUAUCAAGGGCUUGGGGAUCCAGGAGCAUCAUGCGGUGUUCAGGAAUGAACAGCGGCGGGUAACACUGACUCCACUGACGGGGUCAAAGGUUAUUGUUAAUGGGAACGCCGUGUAUGAGACAGCAGAGCUGCAACACCUGGAUCGUCUCAUUCUGGGCUCGAAUUGUACCUACCUGUUCGUUGGUUACCCAUCUGAGAGGGGCGGGGAAGACUGGAGUCGCUACGACUAUGAUUACUUCCAGUCAGAGCUGGCUGCUGCUGAGGGCAUCCACCUGAGUGAGUCCAACACUGGCUGUAGCCAGACAGAUCCCAGUCUGUUGGCGGUCUUCUACGACUACAUUCAGCUGAUGCCCAUGGUGGCCGAGGCCAACCAGAUGAGUCAGGAACUGAGCAAGGGAGUUGAAUUUAAGCUGGAAAUCAAAAAUCUGGCCCUGUCGGAUUCUCGAGGUCACGAUCUACAGAAGGACAUUGUUGUCAGAGUGACCGCUGCAGGAAGCAAACAGGUCUGGAUGUGGUCCAAAGCCAAGUUUGUCAACCGCAAGUUUUUGAUGGAGGAGGUCUAUCAGCAGUUCAAGGCUGCACAACACGAGGACAAUAGAGUGGAGGGCCUCCUAGCUGUAGUGCUACCGAGAGAUAAAGACCCUUUCUGGGAUCCAGUCGAGCCUCUGCUCCUGGGAACCGCUCACCUCUGGCUGCAGUCUUUGGCCUUCCGCAUCCCUCUGGAGGAGCAGCUGGAGGUGUUGGGCUCAGAGGGGACAGAGGAGGCCAUCCUACAAGCUCAGCUCGUCCCCUGCACUUCCACUGGACUUCCACUGGGGGAGGACGACAUCCUGAUUGACCCGUCUGAAGUGCUGGGUCGACGAUUGGACUUUCAGCUGGUCCUGGAUCAGUGCUGUGGGGUUCGUUGGAUUAGGGAAGCCCGCAAUCGAGGGAUACAAAUCGGUUUCAGGGUAUUUGAUUGCAGCGAGCCGCUUUACACUCCAGCUGUGUGGCACAACAUCAAUCCUCUGUUGGAUCACCGGGUCCAGUUCACCUCCCUCCAAACAUCCCAACGGCUGCUGGACUACCUGCAGAGCAGUGCUGUGGUGUUGGAGCUCUGGGGUCUUCAGGAGGGUUGCAGUGUUUUGAGUUCAUCUCUUGGAGCUGUGAGAAUGACUGCAGAGGGCGCCUUUAUCAUCGACUUACUGCAUCCAUCACAAGCUGCACUGUCGGACUCUGCUGAGCUCAGCUGUUCAGUCAGAGCUCUUCAACAGGACGUGGAGGAACUGAAGAGUCUGAAUGAAUCAUUAAGGAAAGAAAACCACAGUCUGAGAGAACAGCUCAACGCAGUCAAGAACGGCGGAGACGGCGCUCGUGGUCGGUCGCUACGUCCCAGCUGUGAUGCAGAGUUCGCACGCGCCCUGAAAGUUUUCUACCACAGCAUGACCUCUGUUAGGGGUCAGCUGCAGCGCUUACGCAGACAUAGACCCAGUGAGGAGUCGGACCUGCUGGGACUCAGACUGUUUGUGGAUGAGCAGAGUCGUCUGCUGAGGGACUUCUCUGAGCAGCUGGAGGACGGCGUCUCCACACUCAAACAAGACGUAGCGGCCAUUGUCCGCCGCAAAAGAGAACGCUCGGGCAUCUGGUCUUAACUCGGCAUUUGUUGAUUUUAGAAACUGUAAGUACCUCCAGCUAUUCUUUGCAUCCCGACACAACAGAAAAGGAAAUCACAGAGAAAAACUCAAGUCUUAAAAAAAGUUUAUUAGACUGCAUGUAAAAUAAGCUUUUACAUUGCAACUGCAAAUAAAUUAAGUCAAGUUUUAAAAAUCCUAGUUGGAGCUCUUUUUUCCCCCCCAUGCUUUACUGUUAAAGGUUUAUGAAGACAGACUUGUGAGAACAUGAAUGUUUAAAAGCUGAGAGCUUGUUUUUCUUUUUUUCUCCAGCCAUGUUGAGAGAAAAGCACUCUGGUUAAUGCAUGUAAGCAGCCAUGGUAAAUACAGACGAUUGCUGUAGGUCCAAAAAUGGGAUAUAGGACAAAAA